AUGUUAUUGAAGACAACUUAAGGAAAUAUGUCAGUCUGGUCGAAUUUAAAAUCAUAAUCGAAUCUGUUGGUAUCAGCAGUAAAUGAUUAAUGGGGGUAAUUAAAUAAUUUAUAAGUAAAGUGCUUAAUUAUAAUUCAAUUCAUUUAACCUUGGAUAGAAGAACACGUCAACAUCUAUUAUAGGCACAAUUUCAUGUAAAGAUGCAGUAACAUGUUUGGCUUGGGAAAACUUUGCUUAAGAAACAUAUCCAAUGGGUUUAGUGGCUGCAGGAACAUCAGAAGGUUACGUGGCACUUUAUGAUGCAAAUUCUGCUAUUAAUUAGGAGGAAGAAAGUUGUGUUUCUAUUAUUGAUUAAUUGUAUGAAGGACCAGUGAGUGCAAUAGAAUUUAAUGAAUUCAAGCCAAAUUUAAUUGCAUUAGGAGGUCAAGAUGUCUUAGUAAUAAAUAAAUUAAUUAAUAAUUUAGAUAGCUGAUAUCAUUAAAGAUAUUUAAAAUCCAUAAGUAUUUGGUCCUGGAAAUCCUAAUUUACAUGAAGAUAGUUCAAUAACAGCUGUUUCUUGGAAUAAGAAAAUAUUACACAUUUUAGCAUCUGCAUCUUAGAAUGGUUUAACUGGAGUUUGGGAUUUAAGAAAUAAUAAACCAAUAUUUAGUUUUUAAGAUAGUAGUGCAAUUAGUAAUAAGAAAGUGAGUUUAUUAUGGAACCCUGAAAUUCCAACAUAAAUAGCGGUUGCAUAUGAUGAUGAAAGAGCACCAGAAUUAUAAAUUUGGGAUCUAAGAAAUCCAUAAGGACCAUCAAUAGUGUUUAGCUAAAUACAUAAAUCAGGUAUAAAUAGUUUAUCAUGGUGUCCAAAUGAUCAUUCUUUAUUAUUAACAGGUGGUAGGGAUGGAUAAGUAGUAUGUUGGAAUUAUAAGACUUAAUCAGUCGUAAGUUAAGAAUAAUUAGACUUUGAAAUAGCUGAUUUAAAAUGGAGUAAAAGAGUUACUUCAGUAUAUUCAAUAUCAAGUGUAGAUGGUCAAACAAGUAUCAGAAGUUUACCAUGUGGAAAAGAAGGAUAUGCUCCUAAAUGGUUGAAACCUCCUGUUGGAUCAGUAUAUGCUUUUGAUUAAAUGGCAGCAUUUAAAGAAAAUAAUUCAGCUAUUUAAGUCUAUUCUAUUAAUAAAUCAGAUCCUGAUAAUAUUUUUGAAAAUUUUAAUGCUUAUUGUUCUGUUGAUGCUGAAUAAAAUAGAAUUCAAUUUGAAAUCGAUAAAUAACAUGAUUAAUAAUAUGCUUAAUAUUGGAAAUUAUUAAAUGCAGUUUAAAAAGAAGAUAAGAAAGAAUAUUUAGCAACUUUAGGAUUUUCUGUUAAAGAGAUCACCUAAUAAACUGAAAAUUAUACUGGAAAAAGACAUUCAAAAAAGGAUGAUCAAAACAAAAAAAAGAAUUAAGCACCUUAAAGACCUGCUAUUGAUUUCGCAACUAUUACUGAUUAAGAUGCAGAUUCAUUUUUUAAUGAUUUAACUAAUCAAUCAAUUAGUAAAUAAUAAUAAACAAAUACAAGUAGAAAUUAAGAUGUAGAAAUCUUUUAAUCUGAAUAAGUAUCAAAAAAUACUAAUUGGAAUGUUGGAGUUGAAAAAAUUAUUAAAGAUAAUUUAAUUGUUGGUAAUUAUGAAGGAGCUAUAGAUUGUGCUUUAAAAUGCGGUAGAUCUGCAGAAGCAUUAUUAUUAGCAUAUUCUUAAAGUAAAGAAAUAUUUGAAUAAACUAUGAACACAUUUUUAACAACAUAAACAGAUUAUUUUUUAAAAAAUGUCUUAAAACAUAUCGUUCUUAAACACCCUGAUGAAAUUGCUAAAAAUUAUGAAUUAAAUGCAUGGAAAGAAUGUGCUGCUAUGGUUUUAAAUAGUGAUAAUACAGGGUAAUUUCAUAAAAUUAUGGAAUAAUUAGGUGAUAGAUUUAUUGCUGAAAGAAAAGAUGAGUUUAAUGCUCUUUAAUGUUUUAUAUUAGCAAUGAAUGGUGAAAAAUGUAUUAAAAUUCUUAUUAAUCAUAAUAAAUCAUUAAAAGAAUUAACAGAAACAAUUAAACUUUUGAUUGUAAUCUAAGAAUAUUCAUUAUAAGAAAGUGAAUUAUUUGAUCGUUAUUUUGAUAGUUUAAUCUUAUAAUUUGCAAAUUAUGCAAUUUAACAUAAUCAAUACUUAUCAGCGGCAUAUGCACUAAAUUUUUCAUCUCCAGAUUGUUAAAGAGCUUUAGAAUUAUUAGAUUUAUUAUAUAGAGGAAAUCAUAAAGAUAGAAAUAUAAUUCAGAAAAUAAUGGAGAAACCAUCGUUUCCAUUUAAACAUGAAUAAAUAAAAAUGGGAACAGUUAAAUAAUAAUCUGCAUAACCAGUUCAUGCUCCAAAUUAACCAGUAUCUAGACCAACAAGACCAGCUGUAAAUUAAAAUUAAGAGGAUCAUAAUGUUAGAUAGUAGAUUUAAUAAAAUUACAAUUAAAAUACAAAUGCAAAUGCAGCAGCUAUAAAUAAUCCAUUUGGUCCUAAUGUUGCUAAGACAGCAGAUGAACAGUAUAAAUAAUAAUAGAUUAUAUAGAGUACCUCCACCAUCCAGACGACCAGUUUAAAAACCUAAUCCUCCAGUAAAGGUUGCUCCUCCUCCAAAUUAAACUAAAAAAUAAGAAGCUUAAAAUUUAUAAGGACCACCAUUUCCAAAUGAGCCAUUUAGAUAAGAAUAAUAAUAGCCUUUAGUUGCUCCUCCUAUCUAACCUCCUCCAAAACAUCAUGUGGCUCCUCCUCCUCCUCCUCCCUAAUAAUAAUAAAUUUAAUCCAUUUAAUAACAAUAAUUUUAACCACCACUUCCUCAAUAGCCAUUUUAAUAAUAAUAACAUAAAUCUUAAAUUAAUUAAUAAUAAUAAUGGCAAUAAGAAUAAUAAUAAUAACAAUAAUAACAAUAAUAAUUACAAAAUUAAUAAUAAUCAUUCAAUCAAAGAACUUAACAAAAUCCUAUUUAAGAGAAUAAAUAAUAAACUUAAUAAAGUAAAGCAAUUCCUCCUCCUCCAGCUCCAUAAAGAAGAGGACCUCCUCCUCCUCCACCAAAGAAGUGAUGAAUAAUAUUUACC